GGACUUGGAGUGUUCUGGAAGUCCUGGUUGUAACUAUAUAAGCGACGGGCCUGAGUCUGUCCAGGCAUGAGUUUCAGAAGAAACAACGGCAGAAAGCUGACGCGAAGGAGACCGCUCCUGGAAAUACUGCUGCACUUUUGAAAGAGCUUAUCACUGAAAGAACUUCACAAGAACGAGCAAGAUGUCCUCAGCUAAAGGAAUCUCCAUCGGCAUUGAUCUGGGCACCACCUAUUCUUGUGUCGGGGUUUUCCAACACGGCAAAGUGGAGAUCAUCGCCAACGAUCAGGGCAACAGGACCACCCCCAGCUAUGUGGCCUUCACCGACACAGAGAGGCUCAUCGGAGACGCUGCCAAGAACCAAGUUGCCAUGAACCCCACAAACACAAUCUUCGAUGCCAAGCGGCUCAUCGGAAGAAAGUUCAACGACUCGGUCGUCCAGUCUGACAUGAAACUCUGGCCUUUCAAGGUGAUCAGCGAUAACGGAAAGCCCAAAGUUCAGGUGGAAUACAAAGGGGAGACCAAGGCGUUCUUUCCUGAGGAAAUCUCCUCCAUGGUGCUGGUUAAAAUGAAGGAGAUAGCUGAGGCCUACCUGGGACAGAGGGUGUCAAACGCAGUCAUCACAGUGCCAGCUUAUUUCAACGACUCCCAGAGGCAGGCCACCAAGGACGCUGGUGUGAUCUCUGGACUGAAUGUUCUUAGGAUCAUCAACGAGCCCACAGCAGCAGCCAUUGCCUACGGCCUGGAUAAAGGUAAAAGAGGAGAGCGCAACGUGCUCAUCUUUGAUCUCGGCGGAGGCACCUUCGAUGUGUCCAUCCUGACCAUUGAAGACGGCAUCUUUGAGGUGAAAUCCACGGCGGGGGACACGCACCUCGGCGGGGAGGACUUUGACAACAGAAUGGUCAGCCACUUUGUAGAGGAAUUUAAAAGAAAGCACAAAAAGGACAUCAGCCAGAAUAAGAGAGCGGUGAGGAGACUGCGCACAGCUUGUGAGAGAGCGAAGAGAACCUUGUCCUCCAGCACCCAGGCUAGCAUUGAAAUCGACUCUCUGUUUGAGGGAAUAGACUUUUACACCUCCAUCACAAGGGCACGUUUCGAGGAGCUCAACUCGGAGCUCUUCAGGGGAACACUGGAGCCAGUUGAGAAAGCCCUGCAAGAUGCCAAGCUGGAUAAGUCCAAGAUUAAUGAAAUUGUCCUGGUUGGUGGCUCCACGAGAAUCCCCAAAAUCCAGAAGCUCUUACAGGACUUUUUCAACGGCAGAGACCUCAACAAGAGCAUCAACCCAGAUGAAGCCGUGGCUUAUGGUGCAGCUGUCCAGGCUGCCAUCCUCAUGGGUGACACGUCGGAGAACGUCCAAGAUCUGCUGCUGCUCGACGUCGCCCCCCUGUCUCUGGGCAUUGAAACUGCAGGUGGCGUGAUGACACCUCUGAUCAAACGAAACACCACGAUCCCCACCAAGCAGACUCAGAUCUUCUCCACGUACUCGGAUAACCAGCCAGGUGUGCUCAUCCAGGUGUAUGAAGGUGAGAGAGCCAUGACCAAAGACAACAACCUCCUGGGCAAGUUUGAGCUGACAGGCAUCCCUCCGGCUCCUCGAGGCGUACCGCAGGUGGAGGUAACUUUCGACAUCGAUGCCAACGGGAUCCUGAAUGUGUCCGCCGUCGACAAAAGCACUGGCAAAGAAAACAAAAUCACCAUCACCAACGACAAGGGCCGCCUCAGCAAGGAGGAGAUCGAAAGGAUGGUGCAGGAGGCCGAUAGGUACAAGGCUGAGGACGACAUGCAGAGAGAGAAGGUCACAGCGAAGAACGCCCUGGAGUCCUACGCCUACCACAUGAAGAGCAGCGUCGAGGACGAGAAUAUGAAAGGGAAGAUUAGCGAAGAGGACAAGAAGAUGGUCAUCGACAAGUGCAACCAGACGAUUUCCUGGCUGGAGAACAACCAGCUGGCGGAGAAGGACGAGUACGAGCAUCAGCAGAACGAGCUAGAGAAGGUGUGCAAGCCGAUCAUUACAAAGCUGUACCAGGGAGGGGCGCCGUCAGGAAGCUGCGGCAACCAGGCGGGAGGCAGCUCUCAGGGCCCCACCAUCGAGGAAGUGGACUAAAGCCACAGGCUUCAGCAUUUUUAAUAAAAGAGUUGUCACUGUUGUUUGGUACGAAACAUUAUUAUGUUUUAUUUGACUUGUUAUAAUAAAUACACUAGAAAAACA